UAUUCGACUCCGCCCGUCCUGUUGCAGUCUGGUUCUUGUUUAUAGUUAUGCUACGAUAACAGAGCUUCAUUUUACCUUGCGUUUUAUGACGAGAAAAGCUUAGUUGAUAACAGUGUUAUAAUGGGGUGUUGCUAAACUGCGCCAUGCCCGCUUUUUGGACGCUUCUCUUGCUUCUCCUCUUGGGUUUGGAGCUCGACUCAUCCAUCUUUAUAUCUUUAAUGCCUUUCUAAAAGCGUAGAUAUUGCAAGAACAUACUUGGAAAAGAGUUGAAGAGUUGGGUUGCUUUUUUGUUGUUUUUUCCUCUCUUGAAUCAUUUUUUGUUCUUCUUUUUCUUUCUUCUUUUUCUUUUUCUUUUUAAUAUUUUUAAUACGGAAGAUGAUAGUAAUUCUUCUCUUGAUGUUUUCGGAGCCAAAUCAACACUUGAAGUAAUGGGUGCUCGUUCUUUUUCUUAGUAAAGAAUAGGAAAGAAAACGAAAGAAGGUACUGUUCAGCUGUUGUUUUAUUCAGUAUUUGCAGCAGUAAGAAAAUAAGUAGGAAAAGAGAAGAAAUGGAAAGAAAGAAGGUACUGGUUCAGUAGUGGUUCUAUUUAUUAUUUGCAGCUGUAAGAAAAUAAGUAGGAAGAACAUUGGAGUCUUCCUUGUCUGCCUGCCUGUGUCUGCCAGUUUCCAUCUUGUUUGUUUCCGAAUUCUGAGCUAUAGAAAGUUGGAAGAUGAGCACCCAUUUGUUAUGUUUUUCCUUUUUCUGUGAGACCUGUAAACCGGGAAGAACUGGAGGUUAAACAAUUCAGCAAUGGCAGUCUCAUGAUUUGAGGGGAAAGUUCUGUUCUUUGGGUCAAUCAGUAAAGAAAAUCACACAAAUUUAGAGACAUCUGCGUUCAGCUUCUUGGAAGUACAAGGAAUUGAGACUGUACCUGGGCAUUGCUUCACUCUGUUAUGCUUUAAAGUUAAACUCGGAGCCAAAUUGUUUCCAUUAUACUGAAGCAAUGGGUUGUGCAGCAUCAAAGAUUCAUAAGGAAGAGAGGGUACAAAUUUGCAAGGAGAGAAAGAGGCUAAUGAAACAAUUGGUAGUGUUUCGAGGAGAAUUCGCAGAUGCCCAAUUAUCUUAUUUGAGAGCACUGAAGAAUUCUGGUGUAACCCUUAGACAAUUCACUGAAUCAGAGUCAUUAGAACUUGAAAGUACUUAUAGCCAGCCAGUGCCUCCUUCCCCUCUUUUUCCUCUACCUCCUUCCCCUCCGCCUCCUCCUCCCUUUAGCCCUGAUUUAAGAGGGUCCGUUGAUAAUAAGAAAGAAGAAAUUGAUCAAGAAGAAAGUAUAAGAAUUGAUGAGGAUGAUUCCUGUACCCAACCACCUUCAACUCAUAGCUCCUCAUGGAAUAGAUGGGAAUCAGAAUCCUUUGAGCAGCCUUCUCCACAACAUCAGGAGAAAAACAAAAAAGUAGAACCGGCAUCAGAUGAGGAAAUUUGGGCAGAGGCUAAGGCAGAAUUUGAUGAAGAAGAUUUGGAAGAUGAGAGUGCUGGGAAUGUUCAUUCUAAUUCACUUCCCCAGAUGCAGCAGCCUGUAAAAUUGAUUGAUGAUGACUCGUCAAUGGUGAGCUGUUGUACUAAAGAUACUGCAGAUAUGACUGUGGUACAGUGGAGAAGCAAGAAGACCUUGGAGGGGAUUGUUAAGGAGUUAGAUGAUUAUUUCCUUAAAGCAUCGGCUGGUGGAGACGAAAUAGCUAUUCUCAUGGACAUUUCCAAAGGGAGCAAUUCCCUGCCUCAUAAGUCCAAAGAAAAUAAAAGGAAAAGGAGUAAUUCUGCCAAGGUCUUCAGUGCAUUGUCGUGGAGUUGGUCUUCUAAGUCAACUCAGUUUGCAGAAGACACUAAUGUGGUUUAUAAUCCCAGUGAACCAUUGAAGCCUGGAGCUCAUUGCAUCACACUUGACAAGCUAUAUGCUGCAGAGCAGAAACUGUACAAGGAAGUGAAAGAAGAAGAAAUGUCCAAAAUAGAACAUGAGAAAAAAUCCAUGUUACUCCUAAAACAAGAAGAAGAAAAUCAUGACUGGACCAAGACUGAAAAAACUCGACUGAUCGUUGAGGGUUUGGAAACUGAUAUCAGACGCCUGCAGCAUUCAAUAAGUAAUACUUGUUCUACUAUAUUGGAACUCAUUGAUGUGGAGCUGUAUCCUCAACUUGUCACAUUGACUUCUGGACUGAAAACUAUGUGGAGAACUAUGUAUGAGUGCCAUCAAGUUCAGAACCAUAUCUCGCUGCAGUUGAAUCAUCUUACUGAUAGUCAAGGUGUAGACUUGAGUACUGACUAUCAUCGGCACGCAACAUCUCAGCUUGCAGCUGAGGUCACCUCUUGGUACCUCAGCUUCUGCAAACUUGUAAAAUAUCACCAGGAGUAUGUAAGAACUCUAUGUAACUGGAUCAAGCUCACUGACCACCUUGUAAAUGACAAUCAGCAUAGCAGUUGCUUGUCUGCAGUUCGUAGUUUGUGUGAAGAGUGGCAGCUUGUUUUUGACAGGUUACCUGCUAAGAUAGCCUCAGAGGCCAUUAAAAGCCUUUUGGAUGCUAUCCAAAUGAUAAUGCUGCAGCAGGGGGAGGAACAGAACCUAUAUAAAAAAUCUGUUAAGUUGGAGAAAAGAUAUCAGAAGGAGUUGCUCUCACUUUCAGAAAUGGAGAGAAAGGUUACUUGGAGUUUUGCUGAUCAUGAAGAUAUGCAAUCUGAUUUGAGCCCUAAACAUCCCUUGUCGAUUAAGCGUGCCAAAACGGAAGCCUUAAAGAAACGGCUCGAUACUGAGAAGACUAAAUAUUUGAACUCGGUUCAGGUUACCAGAGCUAUGACUCUAAACAAACUGCAGACAGGACUUCCCAGUGUAUUCCGGGCAUUAAUGGGAUUUUCAAGUGCUUCUGCUCAGGCCUUUGAGGCUGUUCAUGGCCAUGGCAGACCAGCAGUUGAUUGUGAUGCAUCAGAAAGCUCAAUGAGCUAAACUUGUUAGAGACAGUGAGAUGAAAUGGGAACGGGCGACGCACUCAGAAGAGCCAUUUGGUCAAUAUAUUCAAGAGUGCAGAUCAAACUGCAAGUAAAUUUAAAUUUUGUUUAUAUAUUGUCAGAUGUAAUUGCUUUUAUGAAUUACACUAGACAAAAUUUGGGUGAGAUUGUAAUGUCAAUGUAAUGAAGUCCUACACUUGAGAAGCACAUAACCGUUAGUACUGCAUUCAAAUGUCUUCCACUGUACUAUUCUUGAUUAGAGAAUUCUCUGCUUAUUCUAA